UUAGGACUACUUUUUUUAGUAUUUGACGACGCAACUUAAUUAUCAAACACAAUUGUAUUGUUCCCAAAUCAUCGCUACGUUUCGGGUAUCAAAAUGCCAUUCUCUCAGUUUGCGUUGAUAUCGUGGAUUCUGAUUAACGUGAGUUCCGCACAUUCGCCCCUGGCUGACCCCAAAUUGGAGAGCUGUCCUAGUAUUUGCCUCAACGAGUCCAGUCACCAGGAAAUUGGCAAUCUGAAACAACUGCUUAAUCAGGAAUCCCUAAUUAGACUAUCACUAAUGAAGCAGGUAUACUCUUUGGUCGGUGAUAUGAUUGCUAUUAAACAAAGAAUAGCCGGUGUUUUCGUGGAGGGACGGCAAUUUGAAGACAAGCUAGAGGCGAUGGAAAAGACGAUUGAGAGUCUUGGAAAUGAAAAUCAAAAACUUCGCACAGAACUGGAGCAGAAAAAUAUCAUCGGUGUCAACGCAACGGAUUUUAUGACUGAGACAAGGGAUUUACUCCAUGCAAACAAUUCAAACGCUGAAGAACAGGGGAUUGUUUUCAAUGCGUUUCUUAGCAAAACGUUACACUUCGAAAGAAACACACCUAUAAAUGUCACAUAUGACGUCACGACAUAUAACACUAACAACGUAUAUAGUCCUCGGACUGGCGUGUUUACAGCGCCCUCUGACGGGGUUUAUGUGUUCUCGUGGGCAAGCGUGGUGAUACCAGGGAAAAUUUUCAACGCAGAGCUUCUCGUUAACAACGAAAGAAAAGGAAAAGGGAAUUGCGACAAUGAAGCUGGCUCAAGUUAUGAAAACUGCUCCAAUACAGUACCGGUAAUUUUGAAAAACGGAGACAGAGUGAAUAUUCGUACAACCACUGCAAACAAUCUUAUUGGAAAUGAAUGGUCAAGUUUCAAAGGCUGGAAAAUAAGAUGAAAUACCUGAAAUAAAAAUGAGGAACCAAA